AUGCGUAAAUCAAUUGAUGAGUAUCCAUAUGAAAUUAGAUAUCAAGUAAAGAGGGCAUAUGCUUUGAGGGGCCCAACUCGACAGUCAGUUGGUUUUUCAUUUCCUCGCACAUGGCAAAGUGGUGAAUGGAGAUCUUUUCAGCGGCAUUGGUUUGAUACUUAUGAUUGGUUGGAGUACAACGAGUCGAAGGAUGCAGCAUUUUGUUUUUAUUGCUAUCUUUUCUUCGAGCCAAGAAAGCCCGACAAAUGGGGGAGUAAUGUCUUCGCUAAGGUCGGUAUAGAGAAAUGGAAGAAGACCUUGGAAAAAUUUGAUAAACAUGGUUCUUCGUAUUCUCAUUGUAAUGCAAGGUUGAAGUGUGAGGACUUUAUGAAUCAAAGAACAAGUGUCACUCAGAAAUUUGAAAAGCAUACUAAGGAGGAAGAAAGUCGAUACAAGAUUCGCUUAUCUUCUUCUUUAAAUGUUGCAAGAUUUCUCAUAAUGCAAGGUGAUGCUUUCCGUGGUCAUGAUGAAUCCUCUUCUUCUUUGAACAAGGGUACAUUUAGAGAGAUGAUUGAUUGGUACAAAGACAAGGUUGAAACAGUUAAGGAUGCAUAUGAUAAGGGCUAUAAAAAUUGUCAGAUGUUAUCUCCUAAUAUUCAGAAGGAUCUUACUAAAGCUUGUGCAGAGGAAGUCACGGCAGUGAUUAUGGAUGAGAUUCGUGGUAGGAGGUUCUCGGUGCUUAUUGAUGAGUCUCAAGAUGUAUCUAUAAAGGAGCAAAUGGCUAUGGUUCUAAGGUUUGUGAAUGAUGAAGGGAAGGUGAUUGAGAGAUUUCUUGGGCUUAAGCAUAUUGAGAAGUGCACAUCUGUGGCAUUGAAAGAAGCUUUGGUUAUGAUGGGGCUUCCAAUAUGA